AUGGGAGAUAUUCCUGGCUACUCAAAAAUCGAGGAAAACCAAAAAAAAUGCUUAAAGCAAGGAUUCUCUAAUAAUUUGAUAUUCCAAUUCGAUCAAAAUAUAGGCUUUAAAACGCGUUUUGACACAAAAGCUUUUCUACAAGGUUCUGUAAAAGGUUCUGUAAUAUGUUCUAAGAAUGAUGAUGGCCAAGUAUUUUUUUUAGGGAUUCAGGAUCUUAAUGCAGCUUAUAAAUCAUGAUUUAUUCAACACAAAUAUUUCACAAAUUUAAAUUCAUCAACGAAACUUGAUUAUCAUUAUAAUCCAUAUAAAAUUUCAUUUAAAACCAAUAAAGAAAAUCAUGAAAGGAAUUACUCUGCGUCAAUUAAAUAUAAAAGUUCAGAAAUAAACAGCCAACUGACUGUUUUAAGUACCAAGCUAAUGGAUUUUUGGGCAGUAAAGCCAAUAGGAAUUUAUGGACUUGGAUUUAGGAUUGGCUAUAACUAUGGGUUAAAGCAGCUUGAAAACAAAAGUAUCGCUGUAUGAUGGUCUGAUAAAAAGAGUAAUGCCGCUUUAAAAUAUUUAAACCAAACAAAAAAUUCAUUAUUAAAAGAAGGGAUUGCUGCAUAUAUAUCACAUAAAAUAAAUCAAUCGCUUACAUGUGCAGCAUCUCUAAAAUUAUUACAUAACCACUCAGCCGAUAUAAAAUUUGUUCUUCAAUAUGAUGCUGGCAAAAAUAAGAUUAUUAAAGUAAGAGUAGGAGGUAACGGAGUAUUUGGCCUCAAUAUAUCUCAAAAAUUGAAUGAUUUUUUGGAAAUUUCUGUAUGUCAUCAAUUUAGUAUUAAAGCCAUUUCAAAUGGCUUGGAACCAAUAUCAAAUUUAGGAAUCAAACUUGAAAUUACCAGCAAAUAUAUAGAUAAAGUUCAACCAUGCUUUGCGCCGAAUCUAUAA